AUGUCAGCCAGGGACAACCACUCGGAAGUGACCGAGUUCAUCCUGGUGGGCUUCCCGGGCUCGAGGGGCCUCCACAUGUGCCUGCUGGUGCUGUUCCUGCUGGUCUAUACGCUGACCAUCACAGAGAACGUGGUUAUCGUCGCUGUGAUCCGCGCCAGCCCCCCGCUGCACAAGCCCAUGUACGUCUUCCUCAGCAACCUGUCCUUCCUGGAGGUGUGGUACAUCUCAGUCACCGUGCCCAAGAUGCUGCUCAGCCUGGCGGGGCCCGAGUUCCGCCACAUCUCCUUCUCAGGCUGCAUGGCGCAGCUGUACUUCUUCCUGGCGCUGGCCUGCACCGAGUGCGCGCUCCUGGGCGUCAUGGCCUUCGACCGCUACGUGGCCAUCUGCAGCCCCCUGCACUACCCAAUCGUCAUGAGUCCUGGCCUCUGCAGCCUCCUGGCGGCCAGCUCCUGGUUCUCAGGCUUCACCAUCUCCCUGGGGAAGGUCUUCUUCAUCUCACGCCUGGGCUACUGCGGCCCCAACAUCAUGAACCACUUCUUCUGUGACGUGUCCCCCCUGCUGAACCUGGCGUGCUCUGACAUGUCUGUGGCCGAGCUUGUGGACUUUCUCCUGGCGCUGCUCAUCCUGCUGGGGCCGCUGCUGCUCACCGUCUUCUCUUACAGCGCCAUCCUUGGCACCGUGCUGCGCAUCCAGUCCAUCACCGGCCGGCACAAGGCCUUCUCCACCUGCGCCUCCCACCUGGCCGUGGUGGUCAUCUUCUACUCCGCCUCCCUCUUCAUCUACGCCCGGCCGCGUGCCAUCUACUCCUUUGACCUCAACAAGCUGGUGUCCGUGGUCUACACGGUGCUCACGCCCCUGCUCAACCCCAUCAUCUACUGCCUGCGGAACCGGGAGGUCAAGGAGGCGCUGCGCAGGGCAGGGCAGCGGGCGGCCCAGGCCCUGAGCGCCUCCUCCUAG